AUGUCGGUGGCCAUUCCGGAGACCUUUGAAAAUAUUCACCUUGAUCUUUCGAAACAGUCCGGCCGGUGUAGGUUGGCGGAGAGUGGACUCGGCUGGAAGCCCAGCGGUGGGAGUGAUCCCUUCACUCUAGACAAUAACCAGAUUGCGGCAGCCCAGUGGAGUCGCGCAUCGAAGGGCUACGAAAUAAAGAUCAUCACGCGGGAUGCGGCAGUCAUUCAACUUGAUGGUUUUGACCAGGAAGAUUUCGAUCGAGCAGCGAAGGCAUUCAAGAUUUGGUAUGGGAUCAAUCUAGAAAACAAAGAGCAUGCCCUAAGGGGAUGGAAUUGGGGAAAGGCAGAAUUUGGCAGAGCAGAGCUGGCUUUCAGUGUUCAAAAUCGACCGGCUUUCGAGAUACCCUAUUCAGAAAUCUCCAACACGAACCUGGCAGGGAAAAAUGAGAUCGCCGUUGAGUUCAACCUUGGAACCGACCCCACUCAGAAUGGCGCGAAUGGCAACAAAGCCGGAGGCACGAAGAAUCGAGGUCGGAAGGCAGCAGCGGGCAGAGAUGAACUGGUCGAAAUGAGGUUCUACAUCCCAGGUACGGUUUCGAAGAAAGACGUCAAUGGAGAUGAAGGAAGUGGCGCAGAAGAGCAGGAGGAAGAAGAGCAGAAUGCUGCCAAUCUUUUCUAUGAGACCUUAAUGGAUAAGGCCGAUAUUGGAGAGGUUGCUGGUGCUACCUUCGCAACUUUCCAAGACAUCCUCCAUCUCACACCAAGAGGCCGAUUCGACAUCGACAUGUAUGAGAAUUCUUUCCGCUUACGAGGCAAGACAUACGACUACAAAAUUCAAUACCAAUCCAUCAAAAAGUUUUUCAUUCUGCCAAAGAACGACGAAGUCCACACUCUGAUCACACUUGGACUUGACCCUCCUCUUCGACAAGGUCAAACGAGGUAUCCCUUCAUUGUCAUGCAACUCAAACUUGAUGAUGAGGUCAACCUGGAUCUGAACAUGACAGAAGAACUUCUGGAGACCAAGUAUAAGGACAAGUUGGAUGCACAUUACGAAGCCCCAAUCCACCAUGUGAUUGCCAAAGUCUUCAAGGGUCUCUCUGGCAAAAAGAUCAUCAUGCCUUCCAAAGACUUUGUCAGCCACCACAACAUGAAUGGAGUUAAGUGCUCUAUAAAGGCUAACGAAGGACUGCUCUUUUGCUUGGAUAAGAGCUUCAUGUUCGUUCCCAAGCCAGCAACGUAUGUUCAGAUUGAGUCGAUACAAAGCAUCACAAUGUCCAGAGUUGGAGGUGCCCUGGCAGCCAGUCGGACCUUUGAUAUCACAAUGACCCUGAAAGGCGGUCAAGGGGAGCACCAGUUCAGCAAUAUUAAUCGCGAAGAGCAGCAACCACUUGAAGCAUUCUUCCAGGCUAAAGGCAUCCGUUUCAAGAACGAGAUGCUUGAUGACUCGUCUACUUUGUUGAAGGCGGCGCUGGUCGAUCAGGACCUUGCUUCAUCCGAUGACGAUGAAGAACCUGGUGCCAAUAGAGGAUCAGCAGAUGAAGAUGACGAAUCACCUGACGAAGACUUUCAGGCAGACUCUGACAGCGAUGUUGCCGAAGAGUAUGAUUCCGCGCACGAAAGCAGUGGAAGUGAUGCAGAGAUGGAUGAUGCCGAGGCUGGUAGUGAGGACGAAGAGGAGCCACCCAAGAAGAAACCAAAGAAGUAG